AUGGUAGGCGCCGAUGAAAAUACAGGUGUUUGUGGCUUUCUUUGGCCGACAUGUUCUCGUCUUCUACCAUGUAUUUCGCCAGACAAUUCAUGCCUUCAGCCGAAUACAAUUUGCGUUCAACAUCCCUACUGUGAUGAUCGUCCUCUAUGUUAUCCAACUACAUUGAUCCAAGAAAAUUAUUGUCCACUAAUGACAAAUAAAACCAGUCUUAAAUGGAAACAAAGUGCAAUAACUGUGGCUGGAGGAUAUGGACACGGAAGUGAAUUAAACCAACUCUUCGGCCCUUCAGGGAUCUUUAUUGACGAUGAAAACACGAUUUAUAUUGCUGAUGCUCUAAAUAAUCGCAUCGUUACAUGGAAAUCUGAUUCAAAGAAUGGCCAAGUCAUUGCAGGUGGAAACGGAAUGGGAAAUGCAAAUGAUCAGUUGUACUGGCCAUCGGAUGUGGUUUUUGACAAACAAAACAAUUCUCUGAUUAUUUGUGAUCGAGGAAACAGACGGAUAGUGCAGUGGCUUUACCAGGACCAAACAAAACAACAAAUUCUUAUCUCUAAUAUUGAUUGUGAAGGUGUGGCAAUGGAUAAAAAUGAAUUUCUAUAUGUUUCUGACUCUGGGAACAAUGCAGUGAGACGAUGGAAAAGGGGAGCAUACAAUGAAGGGAUAGUAGUGGCAGGUGGAAAUGGCAAAGGAGGUCAACUUAAUCAAUUUGCUGAACCUAAUUUUAUCUUUGUUGAUGAAGAUCAAUCUGUCUAUGUAUCAGACCAAGACAAUGAUCGUGUGAUGAAAUGGAAAAAAGAUGCAAAAGAAGGAAUUGUUAUUGCUGGUGGGAAUGGUCCAGGAGCAAAUCUUAAUCAAUUAAUUGCUCCUCAAGGAGUGAUUGUUGACCAUUUGGGUCAAGUAUAUGUAGCAGAUAUUGGAAAUCAUCGAGUAAUGCGUUGGUGUGAAGGAGAUGAAAAAGGUGAAAUUGUGGUUGGUGGAAACGGGAUCGGAGUCGAAUCAAAUCAACUUUUUGGUCCCGCUAGUUUAUCAUUUGAUGAUAAAGGAAAUCUUUAUGUUGUUGAACGUUCAAGUGCUCGAGUUCAAAAAUUUUUAGUUGAUAUCUAA